ACUCUCGGUCGGUCGAUCGGUCGGGUGAUCCGAGGGCGUGUCGAUUAAAAAGAUAGUAGAUUCUCUCUCCACCCAUGCCGGGGCAUCGAACCACAGUCUGCUCCAAAUCGGCGCAGAAUCGGCGGCGGCGGACGUAGCCGGGAAGAGGCAGCGGCACGUAACGAGGAGGGCUCUCAUUCAGCGACGGUGAUUUCACGGUGACGAGCACACGUAUACAUACGCGCGUCGUUAAUAACCAGCCCGCAUACGCGUGUGCGUAGCAACGUCGCGCGCGUGUGCGUGCGGUAAUUUAGACGCGUAAUAUCGUCCGCCGCGUAUCGGUGGGGCGCGCACCGUCUCCGUUCGGACCGGAGCACAUGCCUUGUUAAAACGUCGACCGAGGCCAGGCAGUUGUGCGCCGCGAGCGAGACGAUCACCGGAGAGCAUCGCCGAGCCGAGCCGCGUCGCGCCGGCGGGAAAUUACUGGCUACUUAACUAACGAAGAGGGAUGGAGAAAAGAGGAGAGCUGCUGAGGAACGAGUCGGAAGGAGUCAUGUCCGAUUUGGACGACGAGACCGACACUUCGUGCGGGGAGGAGCAGAUGGUCUCGGACUGGGAGGUCCGGAAGGAGUGGCUCGAGAGCAUAUUGUCGAAGCACCACAACGGCAAAGCGGUCGAAGUCCUGAAGUUUAACGUGAGACCAGGAUGCGCGACGAGCGAGAGCGUGCUUAGCGCUAUCACCAGCGUUACGGCAAACUAUUUAGCGGCGCUUACGACGAAUAAGCCAAAUGACAAGUGCAAAGCGUCCCUUAUCAUUAAGCAACUCCCCAAGGAUCCGUUUAGCCGCUUCUUCGUUACGGAGGGCCAAUUCGAUCUCCGAGAGAUUAAGUUUUAUACGCAGGUGAUGCCAGAUUUGAUGGAGUUCAAUAAGAGACAGCUAGCGAAGAUCAAUUCACAGAGUACCGAUAUAUACGAAAGAUUACAUGAAACCCGCAUUAUACUACCAGUUCCGACGUGCUAUCACGCUCAUUAUAGCCCCGCAGGCGGCACCGACGACAGCCCGGUGCCGCCGGAAUCGAUGCUAGUACUGGAGGACCUGAGCGAUUGCAAUUACAAGAGCGUUAAAUUCUCGGAGGGAUUAACGUUAGAUCAAGCGAUGGCAGCGUUAGACGCCAUCGCCCUCAUACACGCCCAUUCCCUGUCGAUGAAGGUCGUGGACGGCCAGUCUCUCUCCGAGCGUUAUCAGUUUCUCUUCCAAACGGCGAAAGCGACGGAUUCGUACCAGCAGCUGGUGGAGCGCGGUUUACCGCAGCUGGCGCACUUCCUGGAGAGCAGACCGGGACUGGAGGCGGUCCUCGAGACUCUGCUGAUUCUACGACCCCGCACCAAGGACAUUAUCUCGGCCCUCCUCGCCCCGGAGGGUCCGCUGGCGUUGAUAACUCACACCGAUUUCUGGAGCAAUAAUCUGCUUUUCAAGAAUGACCGUGGGACAACCGACUGCUACAUUCUCGACUGGCAGAUGGUCACUUACAGCCGGCCGACGAACGAUGUCGCACUACUGUUGGUGAGUUCAGUGCCUACCGAGUUACGGCGCAAGCACACCGAGACGCUUUUGGACAAGUAUUGGGACAGGCUGAACUGGACGUGCUCGCAUCUCGGCCUAAAUAUCCCCAAGGAUUUAGGUUACACCAGAAAGGAUCUCGACAAGGACUACAGAAAGUCGCAACUGCUGGCGCUUCUACUCUGCAUCGGAUCGGUGGACGUCGCACUCGGUGAUCCCCUCACGGAGCAACGACUGAUCGACGUCCUCGAGGAUCUGUAUAACGACGGCGUACUGACGGACGAAGCCAUCGUCGCGACGAAUGAGGCUGUCGCGACGAAUGAAGUUGAUUCUUAAUCACUGCUGCCACGAUUAGUGUACGCACCGAAGAGAAUUAAUAUUUCUAUCAGGGCUGUGACUCUAAGCGAAGAGUUUCACGUGAAGCAAUAGAUAGCCCGUUUUGUAGUUUAAAGACGCAAUCUUUGUGUUCCCAACCCAAAAGGAGGAUUAAGCCAGCAAUAGCAAUGAAUGCCGGCGCCGAAGAAGAGACAGCUGCAAAGAAGUACGACUCACGUCGGAAGAAUAUAGUGGACGUUAAAUACUCGAUUUAAUACUCUUUGCGACGAGAUACUAAAACGAGCGGGACAAAAAUGGGUCAAGAUCGAUAUACUUAGAGGAUACGAUAGAUGUCUCGGUUAUAUAUUAAUGUAAGCUUUGACAACCUAUCAGCCAUUACUCUUUAAAAGCUACGAUAUUUUAAUGAGUAUUCACGCAAGACUCGCUUGCAAUUUGAUGAAAGUAAGAUAAAAUCGGAAGCAAAUUUUUUAGGAGAAGCUACGUAAAAAAAUUAAAAAAAAAAACUAUUGAUUUCUUAACAGACGUAGAUUUCUCCAAUGUGGAUUUUAUCAAUUCGGUUUUAUGCUCAGAUUACAAAUUGCUAAUGGACAUCUUUAAUGCGCUGUGCCAAGUCGUUAAAGAUCUAGGCGAGUAGUUGUGAUAAAAUUAUUGAGACGGAAUCAGCUAGAUCCGUGUGAUUAACGAUAUAUAGGACAUAUACCAAAGUUAUAGAAUAUUUUCGAGAUAUGACAUGAAACAUAAAACAAUUACGUUCCAAUUGCCCGAAUACGUCCCGUGAUAAACUUCUUCCGACAUUUAUUCCAGCGAACGCGCUGUUUUGUUAACGCUAUAUAUACAAUUAUUGUACUAUCCAUUUUCUCUGUAUAAACUGUAUGGAUAAAAUAUACUUCGAUGUUAUAUCACGAAUAGUAAACAAAGUUCCUGCUGUAAUUAAAUA